UGCUUUUCGUUUCCUAAUUUUUAUUAUUUCCUUUUCUAGUUUUUAAAUAUUUAUUACUUGUUGAGUUUUUCUAUCACGUACAUUUCUAAUUGUAGUUUAAUUAUUAUUUUAUAUUUACAAGAAAACGUGCUAAAGUCCUUCAAACAGCUCAGUUACAUCAUGUUAAUUUCUAAGUAACCUAUGUUUUGAAACCCAUUUUGUAUAUAAGAAGAGUAAUUACAAAAUUUUAAUACUCACACCAAUAUGGGGCUUCGAAUAUUUUUGUCAACAUUGCUGUUCAUAGCACAGGGUUACGAUGGAUCAGCUCAAUGUAGAAGUCGAGUGGAAUUCGUGUCACCGCCUGCAACACUUUCAACUACGUCAUAUAUCCAGCCGACAGGAAAAUUUGUAAUCCCAGCUGUUAUAAAGCCACUAAUUGACAACUGCUACGAACCUCCCAGUGUACCAAGUUUUUCCGACUAUAACUGCUACAAUUAUCCGAACUAUCCUUUGUACCCACCAUCUGUACCACCUUACUGUGUUGGCGGACGUGACGACGAUGAUGACUUCCGGUCUCUUUUAUACUUUCUUAUAUUUGCCUUAAAAAAUAGAUCGGGAAAUUCCUGCGGAUUUGAAGGUUAUAAUGGGGGAUGUGGAUGUGGCUGUGGAGGAAAUUGUGGAUGUGGAGGCAACAGUGGAGGUCGAGGAGGGUGUGGAUGUGGAGGCGGCUGCGGAGGUGGCUGUGGCUAUGGAGGUGGCUUCGGAUAUGGAGGAGGUUGCGGUUGUGGGUGCAGCGGGUUUGGAGGAGAUUGUGGAUGCGGAGGUGGCUGCGGAUGUGGAGGAAACUGUGGCUGUGGGGGUGGCUUUGGAUAUGGAGGAGGUUGCGGAUGUGGAUGCGGUGGCUUUGGAGGGGAUUGUGGAUGUGGUGGAGGCUUUGGUUAUGGAGGAGGGUGUUUCUGUAACGGGGGAUGCAAUAAUGGAGGAUAUCUUGGUAACGAUGGCGGAUACUGCGGAUGUGGCUGCCAAAAUCGCUUUUUCGAUUUCAACAAUGGAAAUGGUGUUACCUACAUUCCAUAUCCAAUAAUUGUCCCUACUAAUGGCUGUAUUUGUUGUGAUACAAAUUCAUAUAGCACCCAUGAAGAUAAUAAUGUGCCAUUACAAGCUUACUAUGGGAAAGAUACGAACGAAAUUAAUAUAAUAUUUAAGCCCGAAGACUGUUUAUAAAUGCUGUCAUAAAAAUAAUUUGUUUUAUUUGUUUCAAAUACAUAUAUAAAUAUAGA